GAGCGCCCUGCCCGCCGCCAUGCAUUGUGGGGCGGCGGUAGCAGAGCCAAGAUGGCGGCCAGCAGGAGGCUGAUGAAGGAGCUUGAAGAAAUCCGCAAAUGUGGAAUGAAAAACUUCCGUAAUAUCCAGGUUGAUGAAGCUAAUUUAUUGACCUGGCAAGGGCUUAUUGUUCCUGACAAUCCUCCAUAUGAUAAAGGAGCCUUCAGAAUCGAAAUCAACUUUCCAGCAGAAUAUCCAUUCAAACCUCCUAAGAUUACAUUUAAAACAAAGAUCUAUCACCCUAACAUCGAUGAAAAGGGGCAGGUUUGUCUGCCAGUAAUUAGUGCUGAAAACUGGAAGCCAGCAACCAAAACUGACCAAGUAAUCCAGUCCCUCAUAGCACUGGUGAAUGAUCCACAGCCUGAGCAUCCCCUGCGGGCUGACCUAGCUGAAGAAUACUCUAAGGACCGUAAAAAAUUCUGUAAGAAUGCUGAAGAGUUUACAAAGAAAUAUGGUGAAAAGCGACCAGUGGACUAAAAUCUGACACAGCUGAUGUCAGCAACGUAUGAUAGAAGAUCGGAGCAGUGCAUUUGAGACAUCCCGUAAAGCAGGACUCUAUGGAAAAUUGACAAGUGCCACCUUUUGGUGUUAACUUGUGGCUGUUACUAACUUUCUACAGUUUUCUUAAUCAAAAGUGGGCUAGGUAACCUGUAAAGGAAGAAUUAAAAAUUUAAGAUGUUCUAGUUCUGCUUUCUUUGUUUAAAAAUCACUGCUUCAAUAUACUUUAAAGUAUGCUGUUUUCUUUUUUUUUUUUUUUUUGUCAGAAUUUAUCAAAAAUAUCUUAGACUUAUAUUCUGCCCUUGAAUUGAAAAGGUUGUGGCUGUCAUUUCUUACUUCUCCUUGCAGUUACCACUAUCCUGAGUUCAUUUAAUUCAGCAUUGAAUUUUUGCUCCUCCUCAAACUGAUGUCUUAGAAAAAAUAUCCCACUUCUGGCAGAAAAUGAUUGAGUGUUUGGCAGUUUUGUUUACUCUUCAAAACAUUGCACUGUGCUCUGUGGGACUUGCUGCAAGUUCCCCUUAACUUCAGUUUGUAACAUAAUAAAAAAAAAAAACCCAACUACAAUCAGAAAUGUCCAGGUCUUAUGUAAAUCUGGCUGAUGUUACCACAAAAUGUUUAUUAAAUGGGGAAAUCCAAUUUCUUGUCUGCGUUAUUGAAUUAGAAUAUGGCUUAUGUCCUGCUUUUGGAAAAUGCUGGGGAAAAAAAAGUAGUAGUAAAAUGUGAUUCCAAACUCCUUUCACUUUUAUUCUUAAUAAAAGUUAGUGUAAGUUAGCUUGGAUAAUGUGCACAGAACAACAGUGCGACCAGUUUAGAAGUUUCAGAAAUUGAGGACCAAGAGAUGCACCAAAAUACUAAACUGGUAUUGAGUGAAAAAGUUGGUAUUUUAGGAAUGAAUUAAUUUCAAAUACUGAAUGUUAGCACUGCUAGUGAGAUUUUCUUUCAUCCAAAUGCAGAUGAUAUACGUGCUAGGGAAUGGCACUCACGCCACUUCCUUCCCAGUUGCUGUACAGUUAUUACUGAAAAUAGUACGAGAGUAGGAUUAAGCAAUAAACUGAAUACACUUCACUGCUACUGUUCCUACGUUUUAAAAGUACACGUUAGGUUAUCUAAUGACUACAUCAAGUUAUCAUUCUGACUUGGGCAGAGCUGUUUUCCCUUUGCUCCAGGCACACCCACGCAUGCUGAAGGUUGCCCUUUCUAUUCAGAGUUGGGCACCUUUACUGUGUCUCUAUUGCUUUUCUUCUGCCUGCGUGUCCUAAGUCUGAAGUGUGAUUGUAGCUCCAAUCAAACUGCCAUACAAUCAAACUGCCUUCUCCACCUGUAGAACCUGAGUGUGUUACUGAGUAAACAGAUUUCCAGAAAUCCAUAGUUAGCUGGGAGUACAUAUCACUUCGAUUUGCAAGAACUUGAAUUAGAAAAUCCCUCACAUCUGGAUGGUUGUCUAUACUCCUAGAGUCACUUUUAAUACAGCCUCUACCUUUGCAACCUUGCAGAAGUAGUGCAUCAAGCUGUAGGUCUAUUGGUUUUUAAUGUAUAUUUGCUAUUCCUUCAUUUGCCCUUCUCAUCUGGCUUUUAUUUUGGAUUUAGUGAACAAUGACAGCCCAGUACCUCACCUCUGCUGAAAGUAAUUUUUUUUUAUUAGUUAGGGAGCUAAGAAAUUUCAUGUUAAGUGUUCUUAGAUGGAUUCUUUGGCAGGUAAAUGAAGUUAAACCACAUUCACCUUAUUUACGGAAACUUACCUUCCCUAAGUGUUUCUUGGCUUGUGAGAGCACUAUUACCAAAUUUUUCACAUCUUUGUGUCUUUGGUUGCAGAAAGUUGGUACUGAUUUUGUUUCCUUCACGCUCACUCAGAUUCGUAAUAAAAUAAUGCCAAAUUAUCUGUUGAACUGAAGUGUGUAACUUCGCAUCAGCUGAGUCACUGUACUUUUUGAUCAUGUCUGUUCACAAUUGAAACGUUCUUUAAAUUUGCAUUAUUUUUAUUAUUUAAAACGACUGUAGCACUAGGUUGCUGCCAUCGUUACUACUAAAUAGUAUACUUUCUGGUUGUAAGCCUCUCAGGUUAAAGACUGCAUUUAUUUCAGUGUGGCUUGGAUGCCAUUGUAAGGAAACUGGAAGAGCUGUGUAACUGAAGGAGCUUCAGCUGAUUCGUAGAGGUCUAUAGCAGUGCUGUACGCUAGCUGUUCUCAUUUCAUUUGUAAAGAUCACACAGAAGAUGAGCAUUACCAUCAGUUUUCUUUGUGUGUGUUUCAGAGCUCAGUUUUUAAUCAUGAAGUGUGUAACAUAAGUGAUGGCUUUUGUUUGCAGGUGGCCCUCUAAAAGGAAGAUAAAGAUCAAAUACUGUACUGUGUGGUUGAAGUCUGAGGUGAAAAAGAAAUCAAACCCUUUGUUAACUCAGGAAAUCAAGCUCUUGUGCUCUCUGGUUCCCUAAGCCAUGCUGAAUUCUAAACAUGCAGUUGAAAAUCCAAAAUAAAACAACUACACCCAUGAACACUGGUAUAGGCUUUCUGCAAUUCCAUUCUGCUACCCUAAUAAAAAUUGCUCUCAAAGGCA